AUGAGCGUGCUAACUGCAGAUGAGGACAGUGGCGUGGAGAUGUCUCUUUCUCGUGGUGAUAAUGGUUCCGAAGGCGGAAGUGCAAGCCAAGGAGGAUCGGAAGCAGGUUUUGGCCUCAGGAGGGGAAAAUGUAAAUGGUUUAACGUAGCGAAGGGAUGGGGUUUCAUCACGCCGGAUGACGGGGGACAAGAUGUUUUCGUGCAUCAGAGUGUUAUACAAAUGAGCGGUUUUCGUUCAUUGGGAGACGAAGAAGAGGUUGAAUUCGAAUGUCAAGUUUCUGAAAAGGGAUUAGAAGCGACGAAAGUUACAGGACCACAGAGUUCUGAUUGUAGAGGAUCACAUAGACGGCCAUUGUCAAAGAAACGCUUUAGGAAAAUAAGAUGCUAUAAUUGUGGGGAGUUUGCUAACCACAUUGCCGCAAAGUGUCAACUAGGUCCUCAACCAAAACGCUGCCAUAACUGUAAGAGCGAGGAUCACUUGAUUGCUGAUUGCCCGAUGCGAACUCAGCCCAAAAAAGGUGGGGAGGGAGACCAGAGCGGGAACGGAAACGCAUCCACUUCCCACGAGGGCUCAAGUACCCUCUCUGAGGGUGUGUCGAAAUCACAACUCGAGUAGUUGCCGACGAUAUAGAGAAAAUGCCUACAAUGUGUUCAUUAUAGAAAAUCCCACUAGGUGUCAGCACGUUUAGGAUCGGAUAGAAUACUGCGGUCU